AUGAGAGGCUAUUUGUCGUUCGCCCGCCCCGUCGGUAGUGAUCACGGUUUGUUUGUUCGUUCGGAUUAUCCUCAGGUCAUGCUAGCACGGCCAUUCGGUGUGAUGACGCCACUGGAAGUGACUCCUGUCAAGCGCCCGUCGACGAAUAUGCGCCUCGUCGAUCCACCAUCGACCGCCUCGACGGCGUUGGCUACGGAAACGGAAACCAUUGGCAUUGGUGGGCGUCCCAGAAGAGACUGCAGCAUCCACGAGGCACUUGCGCCGGUGAUUUUCAUGGCCCAGCUGUUUUCCCUUAUGCCCAUCGCGGGUUACACCGGAAGCGACCCGCGGGACGUGCGGAUGACAGUCCGGUCGGUCCGUUUUCUGUACGGCUGCCUAACGAUGAUUUUGAUGGUAUCGUUUACCGUGAUGAUGAUUGCCUACGUCGGACACGAAUCGAUGUUUGGCGUGAAGGAAGCCUCUUCACUUGCCUACUACGUCUUUAAUGUGUUUUUCAUGACCGAAUUGAUGCUGCUCGGCCGCAAUUGGGGCCGCAUUAUGGGUCGCUGGUAUGCGGAUGAGCUACCGUUCCGCAGUGCCCCCUACCUGCCACCAGCCAAUGCGCUACCCCUUCGGCGCAAGUUGUGCCUCAUCGCGUUCGGUGUGAUGACGUUCGCCUUCCUGGAGGAUACGCUCAACUUCCUCUCGGCGUACAAACUGAAUGAGUUGCACAUACGCUUCUGUCCACAUCGGAACACCUUCUGGAAGAACUUCUUCCAACGGGAACAUCCGUAUAUACUGCGAGCCAUCCCGUACCAUCCGCUGCUCGGCUGGACCAUCGAACUGACGAUGCGCGUCGCCAAGUUCACCUGGCACUACGUGGACGUGUUCAUCAUAUGCCUCAGCCUGGGGCUGCAACGACGUUUCGUGCAGUUCAACGAGCGACUCGAGCGUCUCGACGGCCAACCCCAGCCGCAGGGAGUUUGGCGAGGUCUCCGGUUGGAUUUUGUUCGGCUCACCGAGCUGGUUGGCUUCGUGGAUGGGCGCUUUUCCAAGCUGAUCCUUAUUUCCUGCGCCAACGACAUGCUCUUCAUCACCGUGCAGCUGUAUAACAGUUUCGACCUCAAGGCGACCACCGUGACGACGGUUUACUUCUGGUACUCGCUCGGUUUUCUCAUGAGCCGCUGCGUAAUGAUGCUGUUCAUCGUGUCAUCAGUCAGCCAGGCUUCGGAGCGUCCUCUGGAGACGCUGCGUCGCUUUCCGAGCUCCAACUGGAACCUGGACCUGCGUCGUCUCUGCGAUGCAGCUGCAACGGCGGAGAACGCCCUUUCCGGGAAGCGAUUCUUUUUUAUCCGAAGGCCGCUGAUAUUGGCAAUGGCAGGAACUAUCAUUACUUACGAGCUGGUGCUGCUGGAUCAAAUCAAGAACGAACCCGACAACACGAGGGAUUGUACGUUUUAG